UAUCAAAAAGAGUGCUGUCUGUGAUGUACUGUAAAUAACGUAGAACAAGUAGAUACCUUUAACGUGCGUGCUUUUUGCGUUAAAAAAGACGACGUUAGCCCAAGGUUGGCCAGGCUAGGUUAUUACUUCUUCAUGCUUUUGCAUAUCUGACACUGGUACAGCGUUUCUGUUUUCAUUGUCAGCGAGUGUGGCGGCGUCCAUGUACAUGUAUGGUUUGCGGGUUGAUGAGGCCUAUCAGAGAAACUUGACGUGAAAAGCUAAACUCCAGAGGCCGGACCGUGGAACAGUGAAUGAUCGGAGUCCUGAUUCAGACAGGGGGACGCAUCCAAGAUGGGACGUGGCUACACGGCCGACACAAGUGAGAGUCCCCUCGGCCGAGAUGGGGGGACUGUUCCGUGUCAGGUGUCAGACAUUGGCGGCGCAAGUCAGAAACUGGGUGGUCCACAUGCUGAACACCACUCGCCCCUUUUCAAGGUCAAGACUCUUAAGGAUUAUCUCAAUGCACUCCAACAGAAGUCCAUCUGUGGGUGCAAGAAAUGUGUGCACAAAAUAGUGUUUUGGCCCAGCGGGGAUUGCGUUUGGGAUCACCAUACCUCAAAAAGGGAAAGGAAGGCAUUCCUAGACACUGUCUACAGAGGCCUGAACAACCAAAAUUGUACACGUGUUGAGGAGGCCGAUACAUGCAAAAGGGAAGAUGAGAUCCGUAUGCAGAAUCUGCCAAAAUGUGGAGACGAUCGCAGAGGUGCUUCAGAGAAGGCAGCAGGCGUGGACCAAGUGGAAGAGGAGAAGUUGAAGCUGGAGCGUGGAGAAAAAGGGGAUGCCACCCAAGAGACUAGGCAAGAGAAGGGGCCAAACGACUCAGAGACGGUAAAGUUGAACAAUGCUGGUCUCGAAGAAAACAAAAUAGCUGAUGCUGCCGAGGACGGGGAGCGUUCAGGUGAGGACGAAGAUGCCGUCAGGUGGAAAGAAGAUCCCAAAGAGAAGGGCAUGAAGGACCUGAGGCCAGAGAAAACUGUGAAGGAGUCCGGUGAUGCGGAGUUUCACACGGGAAUGCAGGAAUCAGCUGACAAGGAGGGGGAAAAUGAGGCAGAGGAAGCAGGAGACGGCGUGCCAGAUGAGAACGACGUUGGGGAGAGGGAGGCUAGUUUGAAGGCACGAGGUCCGGGAAGUGGCAAGGCUGGCCAUCUGGACUUUGAGAGCGUAGGGGCAGAGCCAGAAGAUUAUAACGGAGUGAUCGAAGAGGAGCCAGAAACCGAUGCUGCAGAUGGAGAGGUCUCACAAUUGGACAGUAAUCCCGCGGCUGGCAGACAAGGAGGCGAAAAUGAGGCAGCAGACUUAAACGAGUCAUCUCUGAGAGAGGCUUGUGAUGUUCAGAGCCAGUCGUUCAAGCCAAGGAGAGUCACUGGUGAAAAGGGUGAAGUUGAGACCAGUGCACCGCCAAACCAAAACAUCGGCGGACAAGGAAAAGCUGCAGAGACGGGACAGGUUGUCAACUACACUGGUUGUGCUUUGAGGAUGACCGGGGGAAAUGGUGAUAAGGACGAUGAUGACGAUAAGAAAAAGCCCCGCCCAUCUGACCCGCUUAAGACCAGACUGGAUUGCGACCGCCCGGCACGAAAAAAAGGACGGAAGGGAAAGAAGGAAUCUCGGUCCCCAUCAGCAGAGGAAGUCAAGUGGGAGGCAACUGGAGCAAAGCCCAAGAAGGUGCCACGAGGGCCAAAGAUUGUUUCUGGUCCGGAGUUGCUACGCCAGCAGGAGCUGGAAAAGAAGAUGCGAGGCCUGGACCUUUGCAGCAGAAGGGACGAGCACAAAGAGGGACCAGCGGGAGAUGCUGGGCGUGCGAGGCACCAGGCUCUCACGGCCCACCUGUCCCUCACCUCGUCUCCAGGCAGGUCGGCACUGCCCCAUAAUUCGCACAACCAGCAGGCCGUCAGGAGAUUGUACUUGGACAACGGGGCCCAGGCAAAGCACGGGGUGGUCCUCAAGGGCAUCCUGUGUGGGCCACCCCGGGCAGCACGCCCGGCCUCCCGAAUGGAGGUCGGCCAAGGAGCUGAGGCUUCUCCCUUGGCUGAGGCUCCAGUACCCCGGGGGACAGCAGCAGGGGAUGGUCCACCACCCGCCGGUGUCCCUCCAGAAGUGGAAAUUCCACCAGGGGUCAGUCACGGAGAGCCACGGAGCUUGAUUGUCUUGGCCGAACGAUUUGGACAGCUGAAGCUCACAGAUGCAGCCGAGUUGCAAGGACAACAUGAAGGCGUACUUCUUGACCGGGAGUUGAAGCCAAUGAAUCAUCAGUACCUGGAGGGAGACCAGUACAUCAAGCUCCUCUUCCUGGGGCGCGGAUCUUUUGGGGACGUGUACCUGGUACAGGAUACAGCCUCCGACAAGAAGGUGGUCGUCAAACGAGAGCUCAACACUGCUGCAAGUGUUGCCCAUGCUUGA